CUGAGGAGAGAGGUAAGGAGAAGAGAUUCGUGAAUGACCUGCUGCGAAGUGACUUCCACAGGCGGUUCAUGGAUAAGUACGUGCGAUGAAGAGGUAGCAAGCUUCGGCGUGCACAGAGCUGCCAAUAUCAAAGCUCUCCUCUUUAUUGCACUUCAGGUUUGCGCGAUUCCCAGAGCUGAGGAUAUCAUGGGUCUUCCCCUUAGUCGUAGAAGCCUGAAGGAUUGCCACGAUCCGCGAAUUCUACAACGCGAUAUCCCCACCAUGUCUGUGCUCACUUCAUUGCUGCGGUCAGCAAAAAGACAGGCGGAUUUCGAAAAAUUUCGUCCACCGAUACAUGAGCUUUCGAGUGUUCUUCCAGCGGCUGGAAUGCUACCACCUCACGAGAUUGAACGAAGCCCCGACUUUUGACAGCUAUUUCUCAAGGUCCGAGCCGAGUGCUUCUUGCUUUUAACUGGAAAGAAGUUUCUUCGGUCGGCAUCUGGCUACCCACGAGAAGUUACCAAAAUUGAAUAAAAGCACAGCUGGCACCACCUUGCAGAUUCGCGCAUCGAUAACCAUUCGCGCACACCAUCACCUAUACAGCAUGGCAGCUGACGGCAAGGCCCAGGCUGGUCGACAGCAUAACGUGUGUCAUUUUUUUCGUCUUCCCGCCGAACUUCGAGCCGAGAUCUAUCGGCUUGUUCUGAUACGCGAAUGCUUUUGCCGACUCUCCUUCGGCGGCCAGCAACCACAGCCAUCAGAACAGAAGACGCAACUCACCGACUUCCUGGUGUGUAAAAAAUGGCUCUCGGAGGCCUACUCAGAAUACCUGAAGCACAACGUAUUCGAAUUCAACUCCAUCGAAGAUCUCAAGCAGUUUAUUAGAGGACACGAGAUCACGAGAAGCACCGUUCGAGCGGUAUACUUUUCAUGCUUCUGGGACGCGUAUUGGAAGAUGGGAGUCAGGCUUGGCAGAGGUACAUCAAGAUGCCUUAGACAUCCUGAAGCGGAUCGAUGGAGUGUAAGAGGUUUUGCUCAACACAGAAACUAUCGGCCCCUUCCGUGGAAUAUCAGGUCCGGCGAGGAGGACGUUCUUUCGGAGAGGAAAGCCCGAGCAAAGCAGCUCUAGAACCUGGGGCUAUGAUCCCUCUUAAACAAUCUUCGCGAGGUGAAUGAGUCUACAAACCAGAACUUUGGCACCAUCGCUGAGGAAAGGCUCCUUGGAUGUUACAAAUUCGCUCGCAUCCCUACAUAGUCCUACGAGAAGUCAAACCCGCAUUCGUCUUUACC